UUUUUUUUUUCUCUUCUUCUUUUCUAUUUAUCUUUUGCAGGAUUUCUUAAUUACACACCUUUCUUUUUUUUUUCUUUCUCUUUCUUUGUCUCUUAAAAAAAAUCAGCUUGAAAGAUAUAUAGAUAUAUCUCAAAAAAAAGUAAAGAGAGAAAGCAAUAUCAGUUAUAUUUGAAAAAAAAAAUAAUUAAAGCGUACAACACCUUAUGGAGCAGAACUCCAGACAACUAAAACGAAAGACAAGAAAAGACUCUUCCAAAACUCAUCUCGAAACUACAGACCGCUACAGUUUAAGAAACAGAAAAGAGUCUCCUACAAAACCUACAACGAGAUCACAGAAACGAAAAUUUGAACAAGAACAAUUGCAACAGCAAAAAGAAGCAUCCAAUAGUAAGAAAACAAAGAUGGAAAACAAUAAAGGAAAACAAAAGGCUGAAGAAAAGAAAUUAAUCAGCAAAAAGACAAAUAACGAAGAUAUUAUUGACGAAUCUCUGGAUGACUACAACCAUGAAAAGCACCAAGGCUAUUAUGAGGAUGAGGAUGAGGAUGAUAUGCACUAUGAUCAUGAAGAAGAACAUGAUGAAGCAGAAGAGGAUGAUGAAGAUGAGGAUGAUGACGAUGAAAUGGAUGAAAUCGCUCGCGUAAGAAGAACAUUAGGCCUUCAAAUGCAAGGUUUGUUUGGUGGUAGCAUGUCUUCAGAUUUUGGAAGAUUUAAGUCUAUUUUAUCAAGUCUCAAAUCUAAUGACGACCCAACGAUGCAAUUGAUUGCUCUUCAAGAAUUGGCAGAGAUAUUGUCUGUUAGUAGCGAAGACAAUCUAGCUGGUUAUUUCUCAAGUGAUAGUUUUGCGAGAGAGCUUGUUCGUAUCAUGAAAGGUACAGAUGAUCUUAUCCCACAAGAUGGUGGGGACAUGGAUGAAGACAUGAUGCUUGCCUUAGCCAUGAGUGAAGGCCUAUCCGGUGGUAACCCUGAGGUCAUGUUACUUGCCUGUCGCUGUAUCUCCAACCUUUUAGAGGCUAUGCCAACUGCUAUCACAAGUGUUGUUUCUCAUGGUGCCAUUCGUGUUCUAUGUCAAAAACUGAAAUCUAUUCAAUAUAUUGACUUGGCUGAGCAAGCCCUUUAUGCACUUGAAAAAAUUUCUGCUCAACUUCCUCGUGCAGUUGUACAUGAAGAUGGCCUUAGCGCAGUACUCAUGUACUUUGACUUUUUCAGUAUUCACGCCCAACGUACAGCAUUGCGUACUGCUUCUAAUUGUAUGCGUGGUAUUGAUUUAGAAUCCUUUUCUCAAGUCAUGGAAGUCACGCCAAUUCUUAUGAACACUAUCACUUAUUCAGACAGAUCUAUUGUUGAACUCACUUGUCUCUGUUGGGUCAGAAUUUCAGAAAGUUAUCGCAACAACCGAGAGUGUUUGGAACGUGCACUCACUGUGGAUUUAUUAAAGAUUCUCUUUAGUCUUAUUCCAAUCACUGGCAAUCCAAAUGCAGUACACCCAGCCACGUUUAAUGAUUUAUUGCGUAUCUUUCGUUCUAUCUCAAAGGCAUCACCUUUGCUUAGUUUCGAGCUGCUGAAGCUUGGUAUUAUCGAAGCAUUCUAUCAAAUCUUGACUGGUUCUAAUUCUGCUCCUACCUCAAUCACUACUAAUCAACAUAUUGUAUUUGAUUCUAAAUGGCGUGAUUCUGUACCCACUAUCAUGAAGAUUAUUGUAGACUUGUUACCUUCUUUACCCAAGGAUGAUAUGUUUAGUUCAAGACGUUUCAAGUCCUCCUCUACGGACCGUACUCGCUCGCUUGAUCAUGCUGCUGAUCCUCGUGUGACAUGGUUUAGAGAGAAUUCUGAUGUGUUGACCAAUUUAGACACUAUUUUGAUUCCUCUUGUGCUUGACAUGUAUGCCUCUACUGUUAAUCUGCGCGUACGUCAAUUAGUAACACAUACGCUCGUCAAAUUGCUAUUCUAUUCACAAGAAGAUACUCUUUCCAAAGUUCUAAAGAAUGUACCUUUAUCAAGCUUCUUGUCUGGCAUUCUUACUCGCCAGGAACACCCUGUACUCAUCAUUGAUGCUCUUUAUCAGGUAGAAUUAAUGAUUCAAAGACUGCCUGAUGUUUAUCACUUUUUGUUUGAACGAGAAGGUGUGCUGCAUGAAAUUGAAUCUUUGUCAAAACUCCCUUUGGUCGAAGAAGAAGCUCCACAAAAGCAAAAAGAAUUGUCAUCACAACGCAGUGAAGAUACCACAAUUACAGUAGAUGAAAGUGACGAACAUACAUUAGAAUCAAAGAAAGAAGAGGACGAUGACGAUGAAGAGGACGAAGAGGACGAAAGUGAGGACGAUACAGAUUCAAGUAAUAAGAAGAAGAAUGGUUUAGCCACUGGCUCAUCUCAUUCUGGUAUUUCCUCAUCAAGUCGUCGAUUGUUUGAUGGCCAUGAUCUUCAUGCUAUCAUGCGCAGCCAUCACUUUUUACAACAACAACAAAGACUCCGUCACCACCACAAUCUUGAAAACGAAAAGGGUAUAGGAAGAGGAUCUACUCGUAAAUAUAUCAUCCAAUUAGCACAGCACUUUGUUGAACAUUAUUUCCCCAAACCUAAUGCCGAAGAUGGAAUAGCCAACAACAGUUUGAAGGAAAUCAUCAAGCUUACCAACAUGCUUUUAUCUUCGACUAACUCUACCUGCGAACAAGCCUUGAAAGAACUUUCAGUUUAUUUAUAUGAUUCUGCUAUGGGAAUCAGUAGUUUCGAAUUGAUUAACUCAGGUCUAGUGAAAGCCUUGUUGUCUUUUUUGACAUCAACAAAAGAGUUCAAGUCUUCUUUGGAAACACGCACUCAGGGUUUUGAUCGUGUAUUUAUUCAAGAACCUGAUAUUGACCAAGAUGGCAACAAUUCACUCAAGAAGCUAGUAGUUCGCUUACAAGAUAUUCUGAGUCGAUUUGAAACAUUUGAGGUUGUAACACCUUUAGAAUCUUCUUCUACGGAUAGUCUUCGUAAUCCUACAAGCAUGCUUGCUAAACAAUUGCGCUUAAGACUGACUGGAACAAGUGAUAAUAUCCCUACAAGUUACAAACAAUUGAUGGUGUCUACACAUGCUGUUGCUACUUUCCGUGUGCUCGAAGACUAUUUGUUAGCUCGUAUCAGUGCUUCCUUUGCUCUUUCUCAUUCAGAUGAUGAAGAAAAUGAGGUUGAAUUGGACGAGCAUAACCAUCUACUUAUUGAAGGCGAAAAUGACAGUAUGGAUGUGGAUGAGAAUGACGAAAAUCUAGUAGAUACAGAAAUGGACGAAACUGUUGUUAUGAAGCACGAAACAGAAGAAGAGGAUGAAGGAGAAGAGGAAGAGAACGAGAGAAAGGGCAAGGCUACCAGCAGCUCUUCAAAGAAGGAAAAGAAGGACGGCGAAUGGAAGAUCCGCUUCUCAUUGAAUGGUACUGUUGUUUCAAACGACUCCACUGUUUAUGCUGCUGUUCAUCAGUAUGAAAUGAAUUCUGCUAAUCGCCCUUCGACUUACUUGGGCCGCAAUAUUUGGGCAUCUUCUUAUCCUGUUACAUACGAGCGCGUCUGGGUACCUGCUUCUAGUACAACUGAAGACGAAACUAAAAAGUCAAAUGUUGUUCGUCAAUUGGCUGAUGUUAUUCAACCCAAAGAGCUUAAAGAUGAUUCUACCUGUAACUAUGCUCUUCAACUUCUCAAGGCUUUGUCCCCUGCUAUUGCAAAAAACCCACAAGGCAUCUCCGCACAGGACUUCAUCAACCGCAAGUUGACUGCCAAGGCCAAUCGACAAUUAGAAGAGCCCUUGAUUGUCGCAAGCUCAUGCUUGCCCUCUUGGAUCUAUUGGUUAAUGAGUGAAGCCCCUUUCCUUUUUCCCUUUGAAACUCGAUAUCUCUUUAUUCAAAGCACAUCGUUUGGCUAUGCUCGUCUGAUUGCUCGCUGGCAAAGUCUUCAAAUGCGUAACAAUUCCCAGAAUGGUACGCGUACAGAUACUUCUGAGCAGCCUACUUUAGGCCGUAUGGAAAGACAAAAGGUUCGUAUUAUGCGUAACCAAAUGCUUGAAUCUGCCAUUAAGAUCUUGGAUCUCUUCGGAAGCUCUCCUACUGUUCUUGAGGUUGAGUAUAUGGGAGAAAAAGGAACCGGUAUGGGUCCUACUUUGGAAUUCUAUGCAUCCACUUCAAAGGAAUUUAGCAAGCAUUCGUUGAAUAUGUGGCGUGGAUCUAAUCGGUUAGAAGAAGGCUAUGUCGAUGCUUCUGCUGGAUUGUUCCCCAAGACAUUGCCCAGGUCAAGCUCUCGAUCAACAAAGAAGAUUAUCCAGUUAUUCAAAGCUUUGGGUCAAUUUAUUGCAAAGGGCUUAUUGGACUUUAGAAUUGUAGACAUUCCUUUCAGCCCUGCCUUCUUUAAAGUAGCAUUGGGCAAUGCUGAGCCUAGUAUUGAACUAUUAAAGGAAAUUGAUCCUCAACUAGCCAAGUCUAUCAAGAUGUUGGAAUCUUAUAUCAAACAAAAACGUGAGAUUUAUGAUGAUUUGUUUAAGUCACCUGAAGAAAAGGCGAAGGCCGUCAGAAACAUUGUAGUGGACAAUACUAGAUUGGAAGACUUGUGUCUGGAUUUUACUCUUCCUGGUGAUGACAGUUAUGAAUUAAAGACUGGUGGCUCAGACAUUAAUGUUACGAUCAAUAACGUAGAGGAAUAUAUCGAUCUGAUUCAAGAUGCAAUUCUUGGUUCAGGCAUUUCUCAACAAAUCGCAGCAUUUAGAGAGGGAUUCAACGGCUUAUUUGCUAUUGAUGACUUGAAAUUAUUGACAGAGAAUGAAUUAGUUUCCUUGUUCGGUAAAGCAGAAGAAGAUUGGAGUCAUGCCAUUUUAGCAGACACUAUCCGAGCCGAUCAUGGGUUUACUAUGGACAGUGAUCCUGUUCGACAUCUCUUAGAAAUCCUAUCUGAUUUCAAUGAUAUUGAACGACGUCAAUUUCUUCAAUUCACUACUGGUUCUCCUAGACUUCCUAUUGGCGGGUGGAAAGCACUCCGUCCUAUAUUUACCGUUGUUCGAAAGAUACCUGAAGCACCUUUGACUGCAGACGACUACUUGCCCUCUGUUAUGACCUGUGCUAAUUAUUUCAAGAUGCCUGCAUAUACAACCAAAGAAAUUCUGCGUCAGAGAUUAAUUACAUCCAUGAAUGAAGGUCAGAAUAGCUUCUUGCUUUCCUAACAUACUUCCUCUUUCCCUCUUUUACAAUCAUUACAUACUGCUUUUAUUUCAAUUUCAUGCACACAUAUAUACACACGCACAAAUACACUUCAUCCUAUUACAUAUACACCAAAACAAUAAAGAAAAACACUUUCUAUAAAAUAGUAUUUCGCAUU